UAACCUAAAAGUGAAGAGAUGUUUAAAUUUAUAAGGAAAUUAAGUACGCAAAAUCAGAGAUCUGUUAAGCUCUCUGAAUUCCCAGAUUUGAAUGUGGAAUAUUUGUGUAACCCAAAGAACUUGCAGUCAAUAGCAGAAAACAUUAACCGAAGGAAAGGAAUUGGAAAUGUGGCUCUGGUCAAUGAAUUGAAGCAGAAGCUUGAGUCAAGUAAGCCAGACACAGAGGAGUAUUUAGAAUUAAAGAGAUCAUUUUAUAAGGAAUUACUACAAAUUCCGAACUUCUCUCAUCCUGCUGUUAUUAACUAUGGGGAAGAUCCAGUUGAGGUUAAGCGUACAGGAGAGGAAAGAAAAUUUGAAUUUAAGCCAAGGCAGUUCCAUGAAAUUACCAAAAGGUUGAAUUUAGCAAGGACAGAACAUCUGGGCAAUGUUUCUGGCACCAAAAGUUAUUACUUUUUGGGAGAGUUAGCUGAGUUGGAGCAGGCCUUAAUUCAGUACACAUUAUGCAAUUUAGUUAGGAAUCAGUUUAAGUUGAUGUCUGUACCAGAUCUAUUGGAUAGAAGAAUCAUAGAGAGUUGUGGUAUGAGUACAACUGGUGAACGUACUCAGGUUUACAAUCUAUCUGAGGAGCAUAAAUCAGAUCUCUGCUUAUCAGGAACGUCGGAAAUGGCUUUGGCAGGUUUCUUUGCAAAUAAAACAUUUGAUUUGAAUGAGUUACCACUUAAAGUGGCCACUGUAAGUAGAUGCUUUAGAGCUGAAACAUCCAGUUUAGCUGAAGAAAGUGGAAUAUACAGGGUACAUAAUUUUACUAAAGUGGAGAUGUUUGCUGUUGCAAGUCCUUCCCAGUCAGAGCUUUUGCUGGAUGAUUUUAAGAGUAUUGAAGAGGAACACUUUUCUAGUCUUGGUCUGUGCACUCGAACUCUCGACAUGCCACCGCACGAGUUGGGUGCUCCAGCUUUUAGGAAGUAUGAUGUCGAGGCUUGGAUGCCGGGCCGAGGAAUGUUUGGGGAAAUAUCGAGUUGCAGCAAUUGCACGGAUUUUCAGGCCAGGAGGCUAGGAAUUCGUAGCGGCGAAGGGUUCCUGCAUACUCUGAAUGGCACUGCUUGUGCCAUUCCAAGAAUGAUGAUAGCAUUAAUAGAAACUUAUCAGAAUGAUAACGGCACCGUCAGCGUUCCAGAAAAACUGUGGCCUUUCAUGAGAGGGAAAAAGAAAAUAGGUCGUCAAAAGCAAAUCCCUGAAUUGAAACUUAUUAAAAAUAAGAAGUAAUGAGAUUUGAUUUGUUGAGUAAUAAUAAAA